AUGCCCGAUCUUUGUUUCACUGAUCUUCCUUUAUCUGUUCACAUAGGCAUUUGCAAGUAUCUCCAUCCGGAGAGAAUUCUUGCUCUUAGUGAAACAUGCUCCACUCUAGACAAGUAUUACCGACCAGAAGCCUUACGGAAUGUACUUUUGGGCCCCCGCCGUCCUUCCCGUGGAAUAAAAUUUCGCCCAAAUAAAAUAUUUUAUUAUGAUUGUUUGGAAGUUCCAUUUGAAGUUUUAUCGAACCCACAAAAAUAUAGUUGGUUUUGGCCAGAAGAAGUCCGUCGUAUUUAUGUAUAUGAUAUCAAGCACUGUGGAAAUCAUGAUGUAUUUACUGAGGAAUUCCCCAUUGAAAAAUACUCAGGUUUAUUUUUCAUUCAAGUCUAUUUGAAUAGAGAGUUGUCUCGCUUUUCCUAUAUGUUCGAUCGUCGUUCUUUGAUUAACAUUGUCACAUCCAGCGAAUCAACAGUGCUCCGUCUUCCUGGCGCAUUCACUAAUUCAGAAGAAGAUUAUGAAGAAGAUGAUGAAGAAGAUGAUGAAGAAGAUGAUGAAGAAGAUGAAGAUAAUUUUGAUGAUUCAGUAAAAACUAUCCCCAAAUUCUUUUUCAGACAUGAUAUUUUUACCCCUAUUCGUCGUUUAUUGCUCAUCCAAAAACAUGAAAUCCAUCCUUCCAUAAGAGAUAUGGCUCAGCACGUGAAUCUCGUUAAUGUGGAAGAAAUUGAUGUGGUCUUUUCACAUGACUCAUGGGUCGUGUUUAUUCUUUCUCAACUUCAAUACGCUCCCAGACUACAAAAAUUCUCCAUCACCGUGAAUGUUGAGGUUGACGAAGGUAAACCUGUUGAAAUUGACUCUCGAUUGCGUCUUCUUGAAGGCCUCCCCUCGACAAUUAAAGAAUGUCAUGUGGAAAUGUUAAAAACUGGAUCUAAUGGAAUUUCAGGAGGACACCCUGGUAAAGAUGUACAUACUUCAACUAUUGUUGUACUUCCUCAAGUUACCAAUAUUAAUUUUAUUUGGCCAAUUGAUCUCAAGGCCUUAUCAACUCGCAUCCAGUUCCCUAAUGUUAAGCACGUAUCUGCCGGUCACUUUUCAAACCGUGAUAAACCUUUGGACCUCAGUGAAGAUUAUGUCAGUUUUAACCCUUACGAUGAGGACGAAGAUGCCAUUCCUGUUAACUUUGAUGUGCUCCAAAACUCAGUAACAAUGCUCGAUGUUUCUUUAGGAAUUGUACUCAUGCCAGCCGCUAUUUUUUCUUUGGAAAGUUUGAUUCAUCUCAAAAAAGUCAAUUUAUCAGUCCCUAAAAAUACAGUGGAAUUUUCUUGUGGCAAAUACUUUACCUUCCUUAAAGACCGUGAGACUUAUGAAUGUGGACCCACUAUGGAUGGUAAAUUUUAUCUAAAUUACCUAAAUGCCCCGACUCUUAUUAAGGCUGCUUAUGCCACACCACUUAAGGCCCUUAAGCUAUUAAAUCCUAAUGAUGCCGAUACCACAGAUAUUAAAACGUGUGUACGUUUGGAAGCCUUGUAUACCAUUAUAUACACAAGACCAAAUAUCCAAUACUUUAGAGUCAACUUCAAAACUGACCCAAACUCGUCUCCUGCAUUGCAGCGUCUUAUUGCAAACCCUCCUAAAACACUACAACAAGUUAUGCUCGAUUUUACAGGGGAUAUCAGUCUAAAGUUUCUUUUGACCCCAGUACCACAGUCCCACUACAGAUUGGUUGUUCAUUCACAUGCAAAAACAUUGAUUAAUAUGAUGGAACAAGGAGAUCAAGAUUUGUAUCAAUACAUUGACCCAUUUAAAGCGUCCUCUUUUACCGAAAAGGACUGGAAUGAUUUUAGAAAUAACGAUGUUAUCAUGCGUGUGCUUUAUGAUGUUGGCCAAAAGCGCAAGUUUGCCAAAGAGCUAGUUGAUGAAGAAAGACUCAACCUUGUGGAAACUGUAUUCCGUGAUUUUAAAACUAUUGAAUGGUUUACUCCAGUAUCUAAUUACCAAUUGUUCACCGAUGAUUUUAAUGGAUGGAUUUAA